AUGAUUCCUGCUAGCAAGCCACAUGGUGCACCUGGCAAGCAGAGAAUGGAUGCGAGCGACUCGGAGACUCCUGCCAAGCCGCAAGGUGCACCUGGGAAGCAGAAAGCCACCAGGGGAAAGUCCAAGGGUACUACUAAUAAGAAGGCGCGCAAAGGGAGCUGGAAACCGCCUACGGUUGCUGGACCCUCGCGUGCUACUAUACCGCCCAUCGAGAUCCCGGGGUCGGGUCCAAUCGGCGUAGGGCCGGAUGACCAUAUCAUAUGCGCCUAUUGUCAGAAGGAGAUUUACCCUGAGCUGAUGAAGGAUCAGUCCUGA